AUGCCUUCCACCGCGAAGACAUUGACGUUCUUGUCGAGCUUCUUCACGAGCUUCGGGGCGUUCGUGGUGAUCUGCGUCAUCCUGGGGACUCCUCACUGGGUCAGCAGCACCAUUGCCGUCAGCGACACCUUCUCCAACGGCAGCAUCGUCAUAGCCUACGGGCUCUUCAGCGGGCAGAGCACGCAGCAGCUGGACCACGGGUUUGCGGAGCCGGACAAAUAUUUUGAAGUUUCAGCGACACUGGGCCAGUCGGGCCCGAAGACGCUGCACAUGGUGGUGAUCCUGUGCCUGGUCCUCAGCCUGUGCGCGGCGCUGCUGAGCGCCGGCUUCACCUUCUACAACAGCGUCAGCAACCCCUACCAGACGUUCCUGGGGCCGCUGGGCGUGUACACCUGGAGCGGGCUCAGCGGGUCCCUGGCCCUCCUGGCCCUGGUGCUGUUCGUGGGGAACGUGCAGGCCAACGGGCUGUCGGAAGCGCUGGUCCAGGCACUCUACGCGCGCUACCCCCUGGCGGCGCAGCACCGGGCGGCGCACCGCUACGGCAGCUCCUUCUGGCUGCUGCUGCUGGUCCUGCUGCUCAGCGUGCUCGCCACCAGCAUCGUCGGCUUCUUCCAGCAGGACCGGCGCCGGCGCCGGCAGGAGCAGCGGAAGCCGAUGGAGCUGGCUCCGCGGGACGGCAUCCUCUUCUGA